UUACUUUUUUAUUUGUUGGUUUGGUUCGGCGGGACCGGAGAUCUAUAUAAAGCGUUUACCGGUACGAAUCUUCUAUAUCUCACGCUCAGCCUUUGCCCACACAAAACCCUAAUCGGCUGCCUCUCUCUCUCUGCUUCAUUGAAGAUCUCCAACUUUGUAACGAUGACUUUCAAGCGCAGGAACGGCGGACGCAACAAGCACGGCCGUGGACACGUUAAGUUCAUUCGGUGCUCCAACUGCGGGAAAUGCUGUCCUAAGGACAAGGCUAUUAAGAGGUUUCUCGUGAGGAAUAUUGUGGAGCAGGCUGCUGUCAGGGAUGUUCAAGAAGCCUGUGUCUAUGACCAAUAUACUCUUCCUAAGCUUUAUGCUAAGAUGCAGUACUGUGUUUCCUGUGCUAUUCACUCACAUGUUGUGCGAGUUCGAUCUCGCACUGAUAGAAGAAAUCGGCAACCACCACAGCGUUUCAUCAGACGCAGGGAGGAUCAGGCAAAGCCCGGUCAGCCAGGUCAAGCACCUCGUCCUGUUGGAGCCGGAAAUCCUGCUCGUGUAUAAAAGAAACCUUUUCAUGGCUUCUACGAGUAAGCCGUAGGGAUCUUUUAUAGGCACUCUUUUAUAGUUUGGUUGUUUCUUAUGUGGAUGAAAGUGAAUUUUUGAAUCAAUAUGGAAACAAACUUAUCUGAGAAUUUUGCAACUUGGAAUGAGCUAAAGACCGGUAAUUGAGUUAUCCAAUGAGUUUUCUUCA